AUGGACACACCACAUAUCAGCGAGCGUGGUAUUCGUAUCGCCAUUGAUCGCGGCGGCACCUUCACAGACUGCGUCGGCAACCCCGGUAGCGGCAAGAUGAAAGACGAUGUGCUGAUAAAACUCCUGUCUGUCGAUCCCCAGAAUUACGACGAUGCGCCCCUUGAAGGCAUUCGACGGCUGCUCUCCAAAUUCACCGGCACCGAUAUACCACGCGGCCAGCCCCUCGAUACAUCCAAGAUCGAAAGUAUACGCAUGGGCACGACCGUCGCGACAAAUGCGCUGCUCGAGCGGAAGGGAGAGGAUAUUGCUAUGGUGGUGACGAAGGGAUUCAAAGAUUGUCUAGAGAUUGGCAACCAGAGUCGGCCAAAUAUCUUCGCGCUUGAUAUCCGGAAGCCGGAAGUUCUGUACAAGAAGGUCGUAGAGAUCGAUGAGCGCGUCACAUUGGAGGAUUACGCCGAAGAUCCAGAGCGAACAAAAACAGAAGCCAAAGCAAUAGACGAUGUGGGCGAGAAUGCGGAACUGGUCAAAGGUUUAUCGGGCGAGACUGUACGGAUAUUACAAAGACCAAGAGAAGAUGCGAUAAGAAAGCAGCUGCAAGAGGUAUAUGACGGUGGACUCAGGAGCAUUGCGGUUUGUUUGAUGCACGGCUAUACAUAUCCGCAUCACGAAGCACUUGUCGGUAAGGUCGCAAAGGAAAUCGGGUUUGAGCAUGUCAGUUUGAGCCACGAGCUCAUGCCUAUGAUCAAGCUCGUACCGAGAGCGACAUCGGCAUGUGCGGAUGCAUAUCUUACACCAGCAAUAAGAAAAUACAUCGAUGGCUUCUCCAAGGGCUUUGAAGGUGGGCUUGGUUCGAAAAGCGUUAAGCGGGAAGAAGGCUCCAAAGGCGCGAGGUGUGAGUUUAUGCAGUCGGAUGGUGGCCUUGUGGAUGUCGAUAUGUUCUCUGGGCUCAAGGCGAUACUAUCCGGACCUGCUGGUGGAGUGGUCGGCUACGCGCUCACAUCCUAUGAUCCCAAGACCAAGAUCCCAGUCAUCGGAUUUGACAUGGGCGGCACAAGUACGGACGUGAGCAGAUAUGGCUCCGGACGCUACGAUCAUGUCUUUGAAACCACUACUGCCGGUGUCACAAUCCAGUCGCCACAGCUAGAUAUCAACACCGUUGCCGCAGGAGGUGGAUCGCGACUAUUCUGGAAAAACGGAUUGUUUGUGGUAGGUCCGGAAUCUGCUAGCGCACAUCCUGGCCCAGCAUGCUAUCGGAAGGGUGGGCCCUUGACCAUCACAGACGCGAAUUUGUUCCUUGGUCGCUUAUUGCCGGACUUCUUUCCGAAAAUAUUUGGCAAGAAUGAGGAUGAGGGUCUAGAUGCGGAAGCGAGCGAAAAGCUGUUCAACGACCUGGCGGAGCAGAUCAAUAAAGAGGUUGCAGGUGGCAAUAAGGAAAAGGAAAUGUCAAUCGAUGACAUCGCAAACGGCUUUAUCAAAAUCGCGAAUGAAACAAUGACGAGACCCAUCCGCAGCUUGACAGAAGCGAGAGGACACGACACAAGCAAGCACCGGCUUGCGACAUUUGGUGGUGCAGGAGGUCAGCACGCCGUUGCGAUUGCAGAAGCGCUCGGCAUCACCCAAAUACUCGUGCAUCGAUACUCCUCAGUACUAUCAGCCUACGGUAUGGCGCUCGCUGAUGUUGUGGAUGAGCGACAAGAACCGGAAAGCAGGGUCUGGUCAGAUGAGAAGGACGUCCGCGGAUACCUGCAGAAGAAGAUGGCGGAUUUGAAGUCAAAGUCAACGGCGACACUUAAAGAGCAGGGUUUUGAUGAAGAGCACGUGCACUUUGAAGAGUACCUCAACCUGCGAUACCGUGGCACUGAGUCGGCACUCAUGAUAAUUAAACCUACCAAAGAAGAGGCAGAAAAGGAGUUUGGUGGGGAUGAGUGGGCCUUCGGCCAAGCUUUCAUCAAGCAGCAUGAGCAAGAGUUUGGUUUCACGCUUCCGGACCGCGACAUUAUCGUCGACGAUGUGCGGGCACGAGGUAUUGGUAAAACUUUCGAAGGUCUCGAGAAGAGCGUGGAUCAACAGCUCAAGGAAAUUACACCAAAUGACGUGUCCGGCAAUGCUAAACGGUACGACUCGCGAAAGGUCUUCUUCGAAGGUGGUCGCCAGGACACAUCGAUCUACAAGCUCGAGGAUCUGGAAGUUGGAGAUCGUAUCAAGGGUCCCGCGAUCAUUGCGGAUGGCACGCAAACCAUUGUUGUGACACCUGGCGCAUCUGCGCUUCUGAUCAAUACGCAUGUUGUGAUCAACAUUGGAGAACACGACAGCCAGGAGAAAGAGAUUGGUACAAGGGAAGUCGAUCCUAUUCUGCUCAGCAUAUUUGCACAUCGCUUCAUGGCCAUUGCUGAGCAAAUGGGUCGCGCACUGCAGAAGACGAGUGUCUCUACUAACGUCAAGGAGCGACUCGACUAUUCUUGCGCGUUGUUCGACGCAGAAGGUGGCCUGGUUGCAAAUGGUAAGUCUAUGUCCACCUGCGUACGCAAACAAGCCGCGAUAUGGAAAGGCAAGCUUAAGCGCGGCGACGUUCUUGUCUCCAAUCACCCCAUGUUUGGCGGCACUCAUCUCCCAGAUAUUACCUGUAUCACCCCCGCUUUCUCUGGCGACGACAUCAUCUUCUAUGUUGCAUCUCGUGCGCAUCAUGCAGACAUUGGCGGUAUCCUUCCUGGGUCCAUGCCACCUGCCUCAAAAGAGCUGUUCCAAGAAGGUGCAGCCAUCAAGUCCGAAAAGCUUGUAUCCGAAGGGCACUUCAACGAAAAGCGCAUCACCGAGCUUCUGCUCGACGAACCUGGUCAAUACCCCGGUUGCUCUGGUACAAGAUGUUUGAGCGACAACCUCAAUGAUCUCAAAGCGCAAGUCGCUGCCAACCAAAAAGGCAUCAACCUCAUCAACACCUUGAUGUCCGACUAUGGUGAGUCCGUUGUAAAGUUCUACAUGACCAAUAUCCAGAACAACGCCGAGCAAUCUGUGCGCUCGCUGCUCAAAGAUGUCUACAAGCGUUUCGAAGGUCAAGACCUGUCUGCCGAAGAGUUCAUGGAUGACGGCAGUCCAAUUAAGCUGAAAGUCACCAUUGACCCAGAAAAGGGCGAAGCGAUCUUUGACUUCAGUGGUACGGGACCGGAAGUCUAUGGAAACAUCAAUGCACCAGAAGCCGUUACUUACUCCGCCAUCAUUUACUGCCUGCGGUGCCUGAUCAGCGAAGAUAUCCCACUAAACCAGGGCUGUCUGAAACCAAUACAUGUUCGCAUCCCCAAGAAGUCCUUCCUAUCGCCUUCAGACAAUGCCGCUGUGGUCGGCGGAAACGUCCUGACGUCCCAACGUGUCACUGAUACGGUCCUCAAAGCUUUCAAAGCCUGCGCCGCGAGUCAAGGAGAUACAAACAAUCUGACGUUCGGUUUCGGUGGAUCUUCAGGCUCGGGCGAGAAAGACGGCAAGAAAGGGUUCGGGUAUUACGAAACUAUUGCCGGCGGGUCUGGUGCUGGUCCUACAUGGCACGGCACAAAUGGCGUCCACACGCACAUGACGAACACCCGCAUCACGGAUUCAGAAGUCUUCGAGCGCAGAUAUCCCGUGCUCUUGCGAGAGUUCAGUUUGCGCGAAGGCAGCGCGGGCAAAGGUAUGCACCGCGGAGGCGAAGGUGUAAUCCGAGACAUUGAAUUCCGCAUCCCAGUCCAGGUCAGUAUCCUCAGUGAAAGGCGAGUAUACCAUCCCUACGGUAUGGAAGGAGGCGAAGACGCCGCAUGUGGCCUCAACAUCUGGGUCAGGAAAGUCGACAAGAAAGCCAUCGACAAGAACUCCGAUACCCAGCAGCCAACCGAGCCCACCUCUCAGGAAUCAACGCCAAGUAGCGUUGCUAGACUUGAGAAAAAGGUCGAGCAAGGCGGAGAGGAGGAGUUCAGGUUCAUAAAUCUUGGUGCGAAAAAUACAGCGGCCAUGAAACCUGGAGAGAGGAUCAUUAUUCAUACACCCGGAGGUGGCGGAUGGGGUAAAUCGGGUGAGAAUGAGCGCACGAGGGAAGUGAAGGAUCCGAGAGGAGGGUGGAUUGGAGGAAGUGUGGCGGGCAGGCAGGGUACGGCUGAGGCUAGUGCGUAG